AUGCCAGUCUUUUGCAAGGCGCGGUCUGUGCCGUAUGCCAUUCGUGAACCGGUCGAGCAUGAGCUAGACAACUUGCAAAAAGAGGGCGUACUGGUGCCCGUAACCCGCAGCGACUGGGCCACGCCGCUGGUAGCUGUUCACAAGCCAGAGGGCACAGUACGAUUGGGCGGAGACUAUAAAUUGACGGUGGAUCCAUGUGUGAAGACCGACCAUUACCCACUGCCCGAGGUGGAGGAUUUGUUCACGACACUGGCUGGGGGCAAGGUUUUCACCGUUCUGGACCUUUCGACGGCAUAUCAGCAAAUCGAGGUGUACCCUGACUCACGACCUUUGCUGACUAUAAACUCUCACAUGGGGUUGUUCCAGUAUGUUCGAAUGCCGUACGGAAUCUCAAGUGCACCUGUAGUUUUCCAGGCAAUCAUGAACGAGCUGUUGAAAGGACUACCAGGAGUGGUAUGCUACCUCGACGACGUCCUCAUCACGGGAGCAUCGCAUACCGAAUGCCUGGCCCGGAUGGAAGCAGUCCUGCAGGUUUUCAUGGACCACGGCGUAAAAGUGAGAAAGGAAAAAUGGAACUUUUUCUUGAAUUCUGUCAAAUAUCUUGGGCAUAUCAUUGACGAAAAUGGUGUGCACCCGUGCGUCGAGAAGGUUGAAGCCAUAAGGGAAGCACCCACACCUAAGAACAUCAGUGAGCUUAAAGCGUACCUCGGCAUGAUAACUUUUUACUACAAGUUCAUGCCAAACAUGUCUUCGAGGCUAAAGCCUUUGUAUGCACUGCUUCAGAAGGAUAAGAAGUGGGUCUGGUCCGCAAAAGAAGAAAAAGCCUUCGCGGAGAUGCAGCACACCAAGACACCACCUUACCACCAAGCUUCAAAUGGCAUGGCGGAGAGGCUUGUCCAGACCGUCAAGCGAAGCGUCAGCAAAGAGCUACGGGAUGAGCAGAACACGGGAGUGACUCGGACGAUGCAACAUCGGGUCGACCAGCUCCUGUUCACCUACCGAAACACACCGUGUUCGACGACCGAAGCGUGUGGAUUCCUGAGCAAACCCGCGUGGCACAGCCGGGUUCCACUCCGUCACAAAGUGACAGCGACACCGCAUUGCCGCCAGACGGGCCUGCACCAGAGCAACGACUUCCGCCACCUGACCGAGCCAGCGUGA